GCUCAGAAGCCAGCGAGAGAGGGAGCGAGCGAGCGAGCGAGCGAGCGGUGCGGCGCGGCGCGGCGCGCGCAGCCCAUGAGGCGGUGAGAGGCCUGGGGCCUGCCUGGGAGCAGCGCGCGCGGCGCCGGCCAGCAGCGGGCCGCCCUUGGUGGGGCCCGGGCCCGGGCGCGGCGGCCGCCCGUGGGGAAGCAGGCCGGGGCGAAGGGAGCUUGGCGUCCGGGCCCCCCGCCAUGGAGGGCAUGGACGUGGACCUGGACCCCGAGCUCAUGCAGAAGUUCAGCUGCCUGGGCACCACCGACAAGGACGUGCUCAUCUCCGAGUUCCAGCGACUCCUCGGCUUCCAGCUUAACCCGGCCGGCUGCGCCUUCUUCCUGGACAUGACCAACUGGAACUUACAAGCAGCAAUUGGCGCUUAUUAUGACUUUGAGAGCCCAAAUAUCAGUGUGCCCUCUAUGUCCUUUGUUGAAGACGUCACCAUAGGAGAAGGGGAAUCUAUACCUCCUGAUACUCAGUUUAUAAAAACAUGGCGGAUCCAGAAUUCUGGGUCAGAGGCCUGGCCUCCAGGGGUUUGUCUUAAAUAUGUCGGGGGAGACCAGUUUGGACAUGUGAACAUGGUGAUGGUGAGAUCUCUAGAACCCCAAGAGAUUGCAGAUGUCAGUGUCCAGAUGUGCAGUCCCAGCAGAGCAGGAAUGUAUCAGGGACAGUGGCGGAUGUGCACUGCUACAGGACUCUACUAUGGAGAUGUCAUCUGGGUGAUUCUCAGUGUGGAGGUGGGUGGACUGUUAGGAGUAACGCAGCAGCUGUCAUCUUUUGAAACGGAAUUCAACACACAGCCACAUCGCAAGGUAGAAGGAAACUUCAACCCGUUUGCCUCUCCCCAAAAGAACCGACAAUCAGAUGAAAACAACUUAAAAGACCCUGGGGGUUCCGAGUUCGACUCGAUCAGCAAAAAUACAUGGGCUCCUGUUCCUGACCAAACCGAGCAAGAUCAGGAUAGACUGUCACAGAACUCUGUAGAUCUGUCCCCCAGCAGUCACGCAAACAACUUAUCAGUAGUGACUUACAGUAAGGGGCUCCACGGGCCUUACCCCUUCGGCCAGUCUUAAACGGGUCUCAGCAAGAAGAAAAGUUAACAAAAGACAGAAGGUCUGACUUUGGGGGGAGAGGGUGAGGGGUUCCUCUGGAUUGCAGAGCAAGCACAUCGCACGGACCCCUGGCUCAGACCCCCACCCACCCCCCCAAUCACGGAAGGAGAGGAAGAAAGACUAGUUUUGAGUGAGCUCAAUAUGCAUGUGUGAGUGCAGAACUGCAGGAGUGGUGUUGGCAACCAAGAAGAAAUCCCUCGCAGCCACCUUGGGUUUGGGUGAUGACGUCAGUCUAAUGAGUUGUUAGGUCAUUUGGGAAGGGGAAGAAAUUUAAAAUUGGGGGAAAAUAAGCCAUCUUUUUAAACAAAAAUUAUUUUGCCUACAGAGAGGUUGUAGUUCUGAGCACAUGUUAGUCUUCCCCGCUUCCUGGUGUUUCUUUUAAUUGGGGGACGGCUUGCUCUGGAAGCCGUUCACAGUGUGGUGAGGCUGGCGUGGCAUGUCUAGGGACUCUGCCAGUCAGCGUUGCUGGGCUCGUGCUGUGCCCGCCCCCACCUGGCUGCACAGUCUGACCUCGAUUGUUCUUAGUGGCAUCUGCCGAUGAGAUAUCACCUUCCCUCUCUUUUCAGUCUCCUGUUGAUUUACACCCUGGACAUUUGUAUCUGUCGGCCAUGGGGCAUCUAGGCAGCAGCACUCUCUGAAUCCAGACUUCCUGUGUGGUCAGCAGAAGCCUGGAGGACAGUCUGGCAGGUGUCCCUUUGCACACUUGCGUCAGCUGGGACUGCUUCCUCCGCGUUUCUCUUGGCAGAGGGAGUGUGGCCCUUCAUGCCGUGGCCCAUCUUCCCUCACUCUCUCUGGGUGUGUGCUUGUGCUUCAUGCACACAGGGUUGUAACUCAUCAAGUGUGAACUGUGCCCUGCUUCUCUUAUCACACAGCUCCCCUCCCUUGUCCCCCCACAUGUCCUUGUGACGUUCUCAUGACCUAUUAGUGGAGUCCGAGCUACGACAGAAUGAUGAUACUGCCCCAGCUGGGAGCCCCACUGCUGACCACUGCCUGAGAGGCCACAGUCAGGCGGAGGUUGCUUAGUUUGGGGUGGCAAGUUGCAGCCCAGCCGGAGUACAGGCAUUUGCUCCCUGGGCAGGUGCAGUGCCCACUAAUGUCCCAUGAACUCCAAGCAGGUUGAAAUAUGGAUGCCUCCAUGGGAAUCUUAAACCAGGCUAGAACAGCUGACUGCCAAAGAUACAAGAAUAUGCAAAGUCCCUCUUCUUAACUCCUCCUUCCCUAAGUUAGUGAUGCGAGAGCCGGGGAUGUGGAUUUGGUGUGGCUGCAGGUCCCCUGCCUGCCUCCAGCCCCCAUGUGCUCCAGGGUUGUGAGCAGAGCAGGGAGACCAGGGUGUGAGGUUCUUUAGCCUGGGUGUGGGUGCAGGUCUGUCUGUCUCUGUCUGGAUGUUUGAGUUCCAAGUGUGUGGUGUUUGUUGCUCCUCAUUCUCUUCUGAGACUAUUGAUUUUAAACACUUGAUUGUGAAAGAAAAAAGCUUGUACGAAAAUCCCCCCUCACCUUUUCAUGUCCCAAAAAAAGCAGCCAACAGUAAGCUUUAUUUCAUUGAAGAAGUCCCUGGGCAGGUGGAGAAGGCCAUGGAGAAGGGCAAUGCAGCUGGGUCUCCAGUAAACUGGGGCUUCUCGGGGACCCUAUUUCCUCUGCACACUUGGACCCUUGAGCCAAAGGCAGCCCCUAACAGGUGCCCAAGCCACAAAUCCCAGGGGCUUUUGUCUGAGGGCCUGUUAGGCCCGGUCUCCUAAGGACACUGCCACCCUAAAGCACACGCAUGCCAGCCAUUCUUUCUGCUUCCUGGCCUUGGAGCAGCGCGUCUCCAGCUGCCCUCUUGGAAUCAUGAGAGGCUUCAGCCCUGCCUCACUGGCUUCCCCAUCUGUCCCCUACUAGGUACCUUCCUUUCUCAGUGUUCCAGCAAGGACAUUGUGGGCCACUGCCACUGACUGUCCUUCCCUUCUUGUGCCCCUUCCCGCUUGUAGCAACUUCACCUGGAAAAUGUAAUGGCUCAGGUACCCUGGCUUCCUUUCCACAACUAAGUCCUGUCUGUGUAUCCACGAGAGUUAGCUCAUUCAGAAGGCCAGAGCAGGUGCAAUCCUUGACCCAUGGCUUCCCGGGUUUCACUCUUCUGCAACCCCUUAGAGUCUUCAUGUGCACUAGGCCACCUUUUGGCAGGAUCCCUGGUCUGGCACCCACGAGGUGAGGCAGACACCAGGUUCCAGGUGGUAAAGGGCUUGAGCCCAGUGAGGAAAUGAGGGGUGGAGCGCGGGCUUGGGAAGAAUCUCUGUGUGGAGUGAGGUGUGUAUGUGUAGGUGUGUGUGCACGUGUGCAUGCCUGUUUUCUUUUUGCCAUGGGGACAAUUGAAUUUGGGGUAUUUUUCUACUAAAACAGCUUCCUCUCCUCCUGUACAGACUGGCUGUAACUGUAACCCAGACACUUUUCACCAACACAGCUGGUGACCAAGGUGGGAAGUAGACAUGAGUGUAAAGACCCCCAAAUUUAGCCUGAGCUCCCAGCAGGAAAGUAUGAGAGGGUUGCCAGGGCUCACAAAUGCAGACUAAUGUGCUGUCCCCAGCCUUUCCCUGUUAUCCCUUGUUCUUUGGGUGAAUGUGGGAGCAGCCUGCUGCCCCUCCCACCUGGACAGUGGUGGGUGUCUGGUGGGGCCUUGUGGUGCCUAGUAGGAGACGAAGAUGAGGUUUUCCUUUCCAUGUAAAUGAAUAUUUGUAUGAUUAAAUUAACA